AAUUCUCUGCAUCCCUCUCAUUGCCUGUCUAUCUCCUCUUCCUCUUGCCGUUGCCCGUCUAUCCGCAAACAGAGCUUGUGCUCGCGCUGCACUAGCUUCAGUCACUUCCAUUUGGAGAACUGAGAAAGCAUGGGAAGCGAAUCAUAUGAAGAAGCCAUCGAAUCACUCAAGAAGCUUCUCAUUGAGAAGGAUGAGCUGAAGGAUGUGGCUGCGGCCAAGGUGAAGAAGAUCACUGCCGAGCUUCAGGCAGUCACGUCGUCCGACAGCAAAUCUUUCGAUCCCGUCGGACGGAUCAAGGAAGGCUUCGUCACCUUCAAGAAGGAGAAAUACGAUACGAAUCCUGCUUUGUACGGUGAACUCGCCAAAGGUCAAAGCCCAAAGUACAUGGUGUUUGCUUGUUCGGACUCACGAGUGUGCCCAUCACACAUACUAAACUUCCAUCCAGGUGAUGCCUUCAUGGUUCGUAAUAUCGCUAACAUGGUUCCUCCUUUUGACAAGGUCAAGUAUGCAGGAGUUGGAGCCGCCAUUGAAUACGCUGUCUUGCACCUUAAGGUGGAAAACAUUGUGGUGAUAGGGCACAGUGCAUGUGGUGGCAUCAAGGGGCUUAUGUCAUUUCCUCUUGAUGGAAACAACUCCACUGAUUUCAUAGAGGAUUGGGUAAAAAUCUGUUUACCAGCAAAGUCAAAGGUUUUGGCAGAAAGUGAAAAAUCAGGAUUUGAGGACCAGUGUGGCCGAUGCGAAAGGGAGGCAGUGAAUGUGUCACUAGGAAACCUAUUGACAUAUCCUUUUGUGAGAGAAGGGGUUGUGAAAGGAACACUUGCUUUGAAGGGAGGCUACUAUGAUUUUGUUAGUGGCGCCUUUGAGCUUUGGGAACUCCAAUUUGGAAUUUCCCCAGUUCAUUCCAUAUGAAACAAUACAUCAUCAGCAGUCACCACCACCAUCAUGAGUAUCAUCAUCACCAGCUAGCAUCAUAUCGUCAUCAUCAUGAUCACCAUCAUUAAGAUGUUAUACUCUUAUAUAUAUAAUUGCUGUUUGUAAUUGUCAUGCACCUUUACUUGCGAUGAACUUCUUUUCCUUCAUUAUGCAUGCGUCUUAUGAAAAAUUAUAAUAAAUCAUGUUGAUUUUCAUAAA